AUGACAUAUCAAGUAUUCCGCCUGGCGCACCUGUCCAAGGGCAUCCAAGCUGUAAAGGGCUUGGUCGACCAGGCCGUCAAAGUGUCAACAGAGGCCUCGCUGGUAUGGGCGGGCGUCUGUAUCGUCUUACCCUUGAUGACGAACAUACAUGCAGCAUCGGUGGCCAACAGAGAUGGGUUCCUCUAUGUGACUCAGCGCCUAGGAUUCUAUCUGAUUCUCGAGAAAAGGUUGCAGCCCAAGAAAGACCCAGAAACAAAGCGUGCUGAUGGAGAUGAGCUACAAAGCAAGCUCUAUGAGAAUCUGGUCGCGCUAUAUGAGAAGCUGCUCGAAUUCCAGAUCCAGAGCGUUAUCCGGCUGUACCGCCCAAGUUAUGCCAAAGAUCUCUUCUUGCUCGAGGAUUGGAGUUCAAAGAAGGAGGUAAUCCUGAAGCUCGAAGAUACGUUCAAUCGCGACUUGCGCCAAAUAAUGGCGGUUGUGGACCAGGGAACUCUGCGCCAGAUUGAAGAAAUUCUUAGCCAGAGUAACCGAUUUCUGACAGACCUCUUGCCGAUCGCGGAGAAAGGCCUUGAAGUCCAAGAGCAACACCGGGAUAUAGCAAAAGAAAUGCUGGAUAAGAUGCCAGACCAAGGGUUUGACGAGAUGAGACAGUGUCAUUAG